AAGAUUUUUUAUAUCUUUGGAAAUAAGUAGGUAGAAACUUGAAAAGGUGUUAGCACAUUCAAUUUGUAAUUUAUUACACGUAAAGCAUUCAUUUUUGAAGUUUAUUGGUUACUGCAAUGAUUAUGAUCGUGAUAUGCGGAAAUGCUUGAAAGCCGAACGUUUACAACGACAAAAAAAACAUUAUGAGGACUCUUUAAUAAAACAUGCCGCUAUUCGUGCUAGAAUUCAAGCUCAAGAAAAACUGAAGAAAACUGAAAAUUUACAAUAACUGAGAGACUGCUACAAUCAGACAAAAUGUGUAAUAUUUUAGAAUCAAUAGAUUUAAAAGAAAUAGAUAAUUUUAAAAGCUUUACAGAUAGAUAUUUCACAAAGAGGUUUAUUGUUAAUGCAAAUGGUGUAAAGAACAAUGACAUUAUGUUAAUGUUUCACUCAAAUAGAAUAACAUUGUUGAGUCUUGCCCCAAGCCAUUUCUUCUUCAAGAACCCUCAAACAUACAGUUUGAACUUCUUUGUGGGAAAUGUAGACAGACUUUGUAAUACUGUCAAGGGUAAAAGUAAGAAAGGGGGCCAGUAUUUGACUCCAAAAUCAGUCAUUUGCAAGGUUGAAUAUGAAGAUGGCACAAACUUUGAAAUACCAUGUGGAAUGAAGAGCACACUGAUAGAAAUAAAUGAAGAACUAGUGAAGAACCCUCAUUUGUUAAAAGAAAAACCAGAUUCUGGUGGAUUUAUUGCUAUUAUGCUUUCUAGUAUUGCAAUAUCAGAUGCUACUAAGAAGGAACUUUUAACAUUCGAGGAUUAUUCAAAACUUGUUAGUGAUAAAGUAAACUUAUAGUAGAUUACAUAGUUAGUUUGUAA